CCCCAACAAAACAAGAAGGAAGCAGAAGGUCUCUCUAAAUUACAGUCUGAGGAGUGAGAGUCCAGACUCAACAAGCCGCAAUACUCCACACAAACCUGAUCUGAUGGCACAAAAAUCAGCUGGGGGGACAAGUGAUAGUAAACAGCAAGGCUCCAGCUCAGAGGAUGGAGAUAAAGCCUCCAAAGUCAGCCCUGGUAAUGAAAAAGGUCCAAAACUACGCCUCAAGUCUCGGAAACGUAACAGAUAUACAGAGGAUCCUUCUCCUGAAAACAAACGUCUAAAACAGUCCAGUGGGGAGCUAGGAAAAACACCUCUCCAUAUCCUGGUGCCUGAAACCUGUGAUCCUGAUAUCAUCCCUGUGUAUCAGGAGGGUUUGCCAGAGAACGUUGAGAGUGAGGGGUUCUGUCACAAAGAGGAGAGGGUUCCAGAUACAGAGGCUGUGGGGAAAGGAACUUCAACAUCAGACAGUGAGUCUGACAUGACCCACGAGGUGACGGGAAAUCGUUACAGUCUCAGAAGCUCUCUGUUCAGUCCAUCCUCCACGGAUUCAGACACUGUCAAAUCACCAAAGAAAAAGGACGAGGAAAGGAGCAUGAAAGAGAGCUUGUCUAAUAGUGCUAACCAUGAUAGUGCAAACAAAUCUACUAUACUCACAGACAAGAAGGUAAAAACAUCAGAGGAAAUUAUAUCUUUAGGAGAGAAAGGUGAUGGGUAUAUUCAGUCCUCUCCAAUAUUCCAGAUUUACAGAAAAUCCAAUAUGGAGUCCCCUGAUGUAAACAGGAAGGAAGCUUGUGGAGAUGAUGAUGCCGAGUCUCCAUUAUUGCUGAAGGUCACAAGGAGUACAGAGAACCAGACCAGUCCAGCACAGACAAGGCUCUUUGAUGAGGACUGUAUCUCAUCUCCUGCUGCCAACACUUCAUUUAAAAAUUUUAAAAAUCUGUCUCAGGGUAGACGAAAAGGGAAACUGAAUCAAAGCAAAUUGACUAUCUCUCAGGAAAGGAAGAAGAAAAUGGAAGCUGGCGAGGAUUGGCUGAAUGCUUCAAAACCAGCAGCAAAGGAUUCCCCAACCAUGAGACAAAGCACACUAAGUCAGGUGUUUAUGAAUAUGCCUUCCAAACCACAGCCAGAAAAAACAGAAACAGAGAAUAUCCAAAAAGCAAUAGAACUGUCACUGAAAGAUGUGUCACAUAAUCCGGGAAGGAAGAGUUCUGAAACUUCUGACUUGAAAAGAAUCGAGAAAGAAAAUAUCUCUCCCUUCAAGAGACCUUUAACACCACGGAAAUGUAAAAACAAUGAACAAAGACAGAAUAGUCUUAAAGUCAAAAGACGAAAUAAAAAAAGUCCCUCUAUUGACUGUGAUCCUGAUGAAACGGUUGGACCAGGAUCACUCAAUACUGGACCUACAGAGGCAUCCCAAGGUCAGAUGUCUAUGCUGCCUGCCCUGAAUGGUAGUGUUGAUCCUGGGGUACAGCUCUCUUUGUUAUGUGAUGACUCUCAGAGUUUAAAAUCUGAUGACUUACCAGACAUAGAUCCAGAUCCUGUAGGGGACAGUAGCCAUGUUGGAAACCUGACGGAUUUUAGGAUUGAAGAUUUGAGGAAGUCCACCAAUCCACUGACCUCCACCUGUAUUGAUGUGGAUGAUCCACCAGGUGGUGAAGAGGAGGAGUCUCAAUCUAUUCCCUGUAGUAUGAAGUUUGGAGGUUGCAGGAAAAGAUUUAUCAGGAUUCCUGAAAACUUCUCAGAAGAACCAGGGAACAAUUUCCAAAGUCUAGAAGAGGAUGGUUUUAUUCCAAAGCAUGAAGACAGCUUUGAUAGAGUCCCCAGUAAGGAGCAGCCAAACUUCGCCCAUGUGGAUGUUGUCAGGAAACAGGACGAGAGAAGAAAACUACCAGCUCACAAAUGUGAUGAGUGCAGGGAGUACUAUGAGGGGCUGGGUCUUUCUGAAGAGGAGAUACAAAAGAGAAUGCAGACAUGUUCCCGACACCGAGCUAAACAUGCUGCCCCCGGAACACCAGAACACUUCUGGGAUAUUGGUAUGGAGGACACACUGGAAUGUGAGGAAAGAGGUUAUGUUCAAACAAAAGACCCUGAUAAAGAAAAGCCACGAUUCAGGAGAAAAAGACAACUGAACAAAAUGUUUUAGUGGAAGUAAGGAAAGUUAAUGCAGCUGAUUAAAAGUGAGAGGAAGAGUUAAAACAGAUGAUAGGAGAGGAGCAAGGAUUAAAACAACUGAUUGGAGUGUAAC